AUGGCACCUGCAUCCAGCAAGCCGGCAUCGAAGAAGAAGGCCUCGGUCGAUGAUUGUGCAGCUGAGAGCCAGCGCAAGCUGAAUGCAUCGCUCAAUGCUUCUUUAGCAAGGGGCAAGGCACUUAAGAACUUGCAAAAGAAUGCUGCCUACGAUCUGACUACGCCUAUUCUGCCUGGCACUUGUGAUGUGACCCUGGGGGAACUCAUGCAGACUGAGAAGCUAUCCCUUCCCGAUGCAGUGCAAGUCAUGCUGAAGUUCAGGAAGGAUGCAGCCAUCACAGAUCCUGACGAAGUCGGCUUGUCGCUGCCACCAGCAAAGCCUGGGGCUUCAAAGCCAAAGCAUGAGCCGAAGCAUGAUGAACUCUCUCCUCCCAAGGGUAUCCUCAAGAAGGGUAAGAGUCGUUUGGAUGCAGAGCCACCUCAGGAUGAUGAUGAUGAUGUUCAUGGUCAUACAGCAGUGAAGAAAGCCAGCAGCAAGCGCAAGCCCGAUGCAAAAGGUUCCGAGCCCAAGGUGUCAAAAGGGAAGGCAAAACCCAAAAGAGGUUCUUCUUUCGAGGACCCGUGUCUGUCGGAGCCCGCACCUUCCAGCCCUGCCUCGAACCCAAAAAAGAAGGCCAAAAAGCCAGAGCCAGAGCCCACCCCUGCUUCGAACCCCAAAAAGAAGGCCAAAAAGCCAGAGCCAGAUCACCAGGAUGAGGAACCGGAGGAAGGGGCACCCAGCACCGAACUCGAGAACAGCAAGCAGCAGAAGAAAAAGAAGCCGCAGAACAAACCACCAGCACCAGAGGAGAAGGAGCCAGAAGGGGAGGGAUCCAGCCCUGCCAGUUCCAAGAACAGCAGUCAGAAGAAGAAGAAGCCACAGAACAAACCACCAGUGCCAGAGGAGAAGGAGCCAGAAGGGGAGGCACGUGCUAGCAAGAAGGAAGAGGCAGUGGAGGCAUCCACAAACAAUCGAGGCAAGAAAAGAACCAAAAGCAAAACAUUCAACAGAUCGCAUGCCAAGGAGGAUCUGGCGGAGGGCACAGCCAAAGAGGCUGCAAGCAAAGGACACGAUGGGGAUGAGGGGUCGGCGGACUAUCAAGCAGACUUGCAGGAGAUGAUCGAUGAGAUUGAUCGUGCGGAUGCAGAACCACCUUGCCCCCGAAGGAAGCGAUACAAGCAGUCUGAGCCCAAUCAAGGUGCCCCCAAAGAUACCAAAGACAGCAAGUGGCCCAAAGAUUGGCCCCAUGAUGCGCAACCGAACUUGCUGGCAGAGGGCUGGUCUUGUUCCUCGCUAGCGCUCGGCGAGGAGCAGAUGGAUGCCACGAAUCCGGCGACUGAUCCAGCAGAGUUGGAGACCCAGGUCAAUGGAAGCCAGACUGUCACCGAGCUCAUCGAAUCGCUUGGGGCAUCAGCUUCGCAAGUUGGUGCCAAUGGGGACUACAGCCACCUGCUAGGGCUUCUGAACAACCUGAAGCUUCAGAUUGAGAACCCGAAGCCAAGCCCAGGCAGUGCUACUACGGGGGCUGAGAAGGAAGGUGGAGGGAAGGCUGACAAGGAAGGUGAAGGGAAGGCUGACAAGGAAGGUGAAGGGAAGGCUGAGCAGGAAUAUGAAGGGGAGGCUGAGCAGGAAUAUGAAGGGGAGGCUGAGCAGGAAUAUGAAGGGGAGGAAUGGAAUGAUGAUUCAUGGAAUGAAGGUGAGGAAGAGGAGUAUGGGCAGCAUGAAGACCAAGAGGAGCAGGCUGAAUCGGAGGAACUCAUGAGCAACCAAGAAUCUGCUAAGCGGGUGUUGCAAGAGGGCAAGGAUGCCAAGGACAGUGGGGGACUGGCUUCAAGACCUGUAGCUACACCGGCUAGAAGCCUUGAUGCAAUCAUUCAGAAGCUCAAGCCUGUGCCAGCAGGGGAGCCAAAGGAGCCCAACCCCGAGCCAGCUCAGCUUGCCAGAGAUGUGCCGAGUGGCACCCCAUCCGCAGCUGCAGCCCCCGCCUCAGACGAGCAGAAAAUCAAUUCGACCACACACAAGAAGGAGUACAUGAGAUUGAAACGAAUCGUUGAGUCGGGACAGCUCUCGGCCUACCCCUCCAUGCAUCAGCUGGCCAAUGGGAUUGUGAAGGAGCGGGCAGAAUUGCUGAAAAGAUGGGUCUCCAGUGGAGAGAACCUCGCAAAUUGCGAGCAUCUGAUUAUUGCACAGCGUACGUGCAACCAAGAGGGCCGACGCAAGAUGAAACUUAUCGCUGUCAAAGACAUGCGAAAGGUGGAACACAUCAUCUCGACCCGCCAAGGAAUCGAAGCAACCUGGCAUGUUAAUGACCGGGACGCUCCGGGAAUUCAUGAAGAGACAAAGUAUUGGGUGACAAUUGAAGAGACUGCUGAGGACUCUGUGAAUGUUCAGCACAAGCAGCAGUUCUCCGCGCAGGCAGCGGCCACGGCUGCAGCGGCCCAGAACAUCCUUAGUGCACCGAUCGAGCCGACCAUGAUGUCUCGUCCAAGAGCCAACCCAUCUCCUGGUCCACUUUCGGGUGAUGUACUUCGUGCUUUUGAUGGUUAUCACCAAAACCUGGCCGAAGCCGCUGGAGUAGCAGCGCCGGCUGGUGUCUAG